AUGCAGUCUCCCAAAUCAUUCAUCCUCUUAUUGCUUACACACAGUCUGCCAGUAGCUGUCAUUGCAGACAUGAAUGACCCAGGAAGCUCUUCGAUUUUCACGUGCGGCAAUGGGAAUACCGGUUAUUGCCAGAUGAAAGUCCCAAGGAAACAAGAUGACUACUACAUGAUCGGGGCUAGAAAUGAACCAAAGGGUUCCACAACGUAUGAUUGCAGUGAACAAUCGGGGACUGAUGGCUAUUGCUGCAACCAAAAUUUUCAUUACACCGAUGCCAAGCAUCAGAUUUCUACCGGCACCAUUAUCAACAGGGCCUGUAGCAAAGGCAAAAAGACUCAGUAA